AUGGAGCUUGCCCUUGCAGCCUUGAUUGCGGUCCCACCGGCAGUUUACUUCGCGGGCCAGCGAUCGCAAGCUGCUGUGGCGGCGAAGUGGGCCCGCCUUGGCGAGUUCAAGGCCCUCAAUGACCACGCCGCUGUCGUGGAGAAGCAUUUCUCGAAGGAGAAAGGAACCGUUCUCCUGAUUGGAAGCAGCGGCUUCGUUGGGGUCCGCAUUCAGGAUCUCCUCGUUGAGGCAGCAGCAACGCACAAGGCAGCCCUGAACCUCGUCUGCGUGGACAUCAACCCCCCGAAGCACUUGCGAGAGGACAUGGUGUACUUCACCGGUGACCUGCGUGAGCCGAAGCACAUUGAAAGCAUUUACGAGGCCAUGAAGAGCCGCGGCUUUCCCAUCAAGGGCACGAUCCACCUGGCAUCGAUCAUCCCCUUUUUGGGCAUCCCGGAAAGCUUCAUCACCCGCGUUAACGUGGAUGGCCUCCAAGAUUCCGUGCAGAUGGCCAAAAAGCACGGCGUCAUGGGCUUCCUGUACACCUCGUCGGCCACCUGCAUCCUGGACGGGGCGAAUGAUGCGCCAGCUGACGGAGUCGAUGAGGAUGCGCCAUAUCCGGCGGUGAACAUGGACACUUACACGACCACCAAGGUGGCAGCAGAAAAGAUCGUCAGCGCGGCCCAC